UAUGGAUGGGGCCCUCUUUCAUUCCUAAGUUACAAUGCACACGAACCAAUGAACUGGAAUCUACAACCACAACCACGGACAAGGACUCCCUAUGAAUUUGGAUGUACUGUUGAAUGGCUCCUUGUUAUACGAUUAUCUUACCUUCUAUCAAUUAUUUAUUUAAACUCUGCGUCACAAACAUGCAUCCGAGCUACAUAAGUAAUAAAUAACAACAGUGCGUUCGUUUUUUAUUUCUCAUUUUGUGUUUCUGCACCAACCUCUGACCAUGGAGACCAAGAACAAGGGCAGUGGUGCAGGUUCAGCGGUAGCACUAAAUGAAGAUUCUUCAUCACCAUCUUCAUAUGCAGCAGCUAUAGAUGCAAUUUCAUCCACCAUUACCCGGCGAAAACGGGUAGACAACACCAAUGUAACUGAGGAGUUUCUUAUCAUGUUUGAAUAUUUGAAGAUACUAGACCUGGAAGAAUCGUUAUCACGACUAAAUGUUAUCCAUGUUGCUGGAACUAAAGGAAAGGGUUCUACAUGUGCAUUUACGGAAAGCAUCUUACGGGCAUGUGGCUAUCGUACAGGGCUUUUCACAUCUCCUCAUCUUAUUGAUAUUUGUGAAAGGUUUCGCCUGAAUGGAUCGGAAAUAGAUCAAGAAACAUUUUUGAAGCAUUUUUGGUGGUGUUGGCACCGGUUAAAGGAUAACUGUACAAAGGAUGUGCCCAUGCCCAAUUAUUUCCGGUUACUCACUCUUGUGGCCUUUAAAAUAUUUGCUGCAGAGAAGGUUGAUGUUGCAAUUUUGGAAGUAGGAUUGGGAGGAAAGUACGAUGCCACAAAUGUGGUGAAGUCACCUGUUGUUUGUGGGAUAGCUUCACUAGGAUUUGAUCACAUGGAGAUUCUAGGGAAUACACUUUCACAAAUUGCCGGUGAGAAAGCGGGAAUUUUUAAGCCUGGAGUCCCAGCCAUUACUGUACCUCAACCUGAAGAGGCAAUGGAAGUUCUCAAGGAUAAAGCUUCUGAAAUAUCGAUUCCUCUCCAAGUGGCACUGCCGUUGAGGAUUUCAAGUCUAGGUGGUUUUAAGCUAGGAUUGGCUGGUGAUCAUCAAUAUAUAAAUGCAGGCCUAGCUGUUGCCCUUUGUCAUGCUUGGCUUCGAAGUACCGGGCACUCUAAAGAUUUUAAUCUUCUUGAGAAUGUAGAUGAUGGACAUUUUCCAGAGCCAUUCAUUAAAGGGCUUACAAUGACCAAUUUUCUGGGUCGUGGACAAAUCAUUCUUGAUCCCAAUGUAAGAUGCUCUGAUCAACAUGAUAUGGAAGAUGCUGAAAAUGUUGAUUCUAGCAAGUUGAUUUUCUAUUUGGAUGGAGCACACAGUCCAGAAAGCAUGGAAGCAUGUGCCAUUUGGUUUUCGCAUGCUAUAAAAGACAAUACACAAUCAAUUACCCAAGUUAAGGGAGCACCCAAUUUAAUCCAAAAUGACAACCACCACCUGUCAUCAAAUUUUGAGCAACAGAACUACAGCAGCGAAAACUAUAGGAAGAAUUCAAAGCAGAUCCUAAUAUUUAAUUGUAUGGCUGAGAGGGACCCACAACUACUUCUUCCUCAUCUUGUUGAUACAUGUGCUCUACAUGGAGUACAUUUCCAUGGAGCUUUUUUUGUGCCAAACCAAUUAUCAUUUACUCAAGUUGGGUCCAGUUUGACACCUGCAGCGAAUGAUUCUCCAAAAGUCAACCUUUCGUGGCAGUUAGUUCUACAAAGAACAUGGGAAAAUCUAAUUAAUAGAGGCAAAGAGACCAAUGAUAGGACAGCGUCAGAACUGUCACAAAUGCCACCCUCUUAUGAUUUUUUUCUCGACGAAACUUCACAAGAAAGCUAUCAUAAUUAUAAGAAUAAUGUGUUCAGUGCUGUCAUGCCUUCACUUCCAACGACAAUCAAGUGGCUCAGAGAAUGCGUUCAGCAAAACAGUUCUGUGCGAUUACAGGUUCUUGUGACGGGAUCUUUGCAUCUUAUUGGAGACGUAAUAAGGAUGCUGAAGAAGUAAGCCAAAAUUCGGUGGAUGCCAUUUUUACAAGGCAGUGAGCUCGCUUAUGAUAUUGGUAAGAAUUUUAAGUGAUUACGUAGCUAUAAAACCUCGGGCUUGCAUGUACUGCAAGGCAGGUUAUUAAUUGUCAAAACCAUUAUACAGUAACAUAAAAUUGAGGGGCAAUACUGGGUCAUCGAUGGCUUAUAAGUUGUAACAGUAAGAGCUACAAUUCUUUAUUCAUAUCUUGUAUUGAUAAAUGUUGUUUGAUUCUACAUGAGGCAUUCGAGGGUUAAAAUUAUAAAGCAUGACUAUUUUUGUUU